AUGACGGCCAACGCGAACCGCUACUCGACCUAUACCAAUACCUCGGUUGGCUCCGGUCCGGACAGCAGCAAGAAUGAAGAGAAGAAGAAGGACAUGUGGAGCUCCAUGCUCGACAAUGUCGCCAGUGCCAAGCGGUUGCCGGAGAAGAACCUGCUCGUCUUUGGAGGGACUGUAGAGUCGCAGCGGGAGUUCUUCGAGGCCCUGUCGAGCAACGAGUCCAGGCGGAACUUGGACCGAGCCAAGGACAAGACGGCCCCGAUCGCCAACAGUUACGCCCUGGGAUACACCUACUACGACCUGCUAGACGCCGACCAAGACGAUAUCCUGGCCCGCGUCUCGCUCUACCUGCUCUCGAAUCCUUCUCCCUCGUUCACAUCUCUGAUCAAACCUCUCCUGACGCCGCAAUCGAUCAAGGACACGUUGUUGGUCGUGCUGCUCGACUGGUCCCAGCCCUGGGCAUGGAUGCGCCAACUGCGGGAAUGGAUCCUCCUGAUACGGUCUGUAAUAGCCUCGUUAAGUCUCGAGUGCAAGGAUGAGAUGGAGGAGAACAUGAUGAGGUGGAGGGAUAGGGGCCGAGGAGGAAGCUCUGUCAACCUGGACGGAACCGAGGCCAUCAGCACCGAGGGCAACGUUGCCUUGCCCGUAGGACAGGGCGAAUGGGACGAGAUUCUGGGACUGCCACUGUGCGUCGUCUGCCAAAACGCCGAGAAGAUGGAUUACCUGGAAAAGUCCCAGAGCUGGAAGGAGGAGCAGUUUGACCUGGUACUCCAGUAUCUCCGGACUGUCCUCUUGAAGCAUGGCGCUUCUCUGAUUUACACAAGCCCAACAUUAGACACACCUCUUCAGAGUCUGGUGCACGCCAGUCUGGGUAUCCAUUCGCUUCUGAAACGCGCCCCUCUGAAGCACAACGUGAUCGACAGGGACAAGAUUGUGGUCCCUCCCAACUGGGACUCGACGAGCAAGAUCAUGGUUCUGCGGGAUGGGUUCGACGUGAACACAGUGGGUGAGGGUUGGAGCAUUGAUAUAGACCAGGACUUCCCCAUGCCGUCCAAGUCAAACGGUGUGAACGGCGCCGACGGCUCGAUACCCAACCCAGACACGGCCUCGGAGGGUGGUGUAGAAGACCCCGAAGGCUCAGCAGUCGUCCUCUACGAAUCUCAAGUGAAGGACUCCAGCCUCGAUUCCUUGCAACUUGCGCAGCAGAAGCAGGAUACAACUAGACUCGAGGUACAGGGCGCCAACGUCCAGGAGUUUCUUGCCACGCUCGUCCCUCGUAUCGAGCAGGAGAAGAAGGUCGACGAGGAGGAUGGCAAGGAGUUUGCUCAACAGGGUAGCGGGACGGACGAGGUCAUCAGCGACCACAUCGGACCGGUGCAGUUCAACAUGGGCGGCAUUCAAGUCGACGCUGACGAUAUGGUACAGCGGCUUAAGGACCGCCAAGCAUACAGCCAGACCCCGGAACCCGCUGCGACAGAGGAGGAGGACGACCGCGACCCAAAGAAGCCUGUGGACACAGAGAGGCUGGCUCAGUUCUUCGGCAACCUCAUGAACAGGAAACCCACCGCUGCGGGCAAGUAA